UCCGACCUUUUCAAACAUGGGAAAGGCUGACAUGGCGAUUGACCCUUAUCCCUCUAUCUGUUGAAGGCCCAAUCAGCAACCUCUUUCACUGCCGCAAAGGGCAAGAGAAGAGAGAACGAGCUGAAGCAAAUACUACUUCUCUGCAGCAGCAGCUAACAUAAUCAAAAUUGAAACUUUCACUCUAAAUCAAAAUUGGGUUCACCCCAAAAUCAGCAUUAAUGUCUUGCAUUUGUAGCAUUAGUUCAAUCUCUUCUUUCUCUGCUCUCUCCUCUUCUUCAAGAAAAUCUGUACCUAAGCCUUCAAUUGUUCACUGCUCCCUCCCAGGGACGGUGGUGGAACCGAAGGCUGCCUCCGUGGCUGAACCCUUGUUGCUUAAUGCUGUUAGAGGAGAAGAUGUUGAAAGACCGCCAGUUUGGCUUAUGAGGCAAGCAGGGAGGUACAUGAAGAGUUACCAAAUAAUUUGUGAGAAGUAUCCUUCAUUUCGUGAAAGAUCAGAAAAUGUUGAUCUUGUAGUGGAAAUUUCUCUACAGCCUUGGAAUGUUUUUAAGCCAGAUGGGGUUAUUUUAUUCUCAGACAUUCUUACUCCACUUUCUGGGAUGAACAUACCUUUUGACAUUGUGAAAGGAAAAGGCCCUGUUAUAUUCAAUCCUUUACGCACUGCCACAGAUGUUGAUCAAGUAAGAGAAUUUGUUCCAGAGGAGUCAGUUCCAUAUGUUGGAGAAUCAUUGACAAUCCUUCGAAAAGAGGUGGAUAAUAAGGCUGCAGUGCUUGGCUUUGUUGGGGCUCCUUUUACGCUGGCAUCAUAUGUUGUCGAAGGUGGUUCAUCAAAGCACUUUUCAAAAAUAAAAAGAUUAGCUUUCUCUGAGCCUAAGGUACUUCAUGCAUUGCUUCAGAAAUUUGCAAUCUCAAUGGCAAAAUACAUUCAAUAUCAAGCUGAUAAUGGAGCUCAAGCUGUUCAAAUCUUUGACUCAUGGGCCACAGAACUUAGCCCGGUUGAUUUUGAGGAGUUUAGUCUUCCAUACUUGAAGCAGAUUGUGAAUACUGUGAGAGAAACGCAUCCAACUCUCCCUCUAAUUCUCUAUGCAAGUGGAUCCGGGGGCUUGCUUGAGAGGUUAGCUUUAACGGGUGUAGACGUUGUUAGCUUGGACUGGACAGUGGAUAUGGCUGAAGGUAGAAGACGACUGGGACCCGAUAUGGCAGUUCAGGGAAAUGUAGAUCCUGGUGUUCUUUUCGGCUCAAAGGAGUUUAUCACGAAUCGGAUAAAUGAUGUUGUGAGAAAAGCUGGUAAGGGGAAACAUAUAUUGAAUCUUGGUCAUGGAAUUGUAGUUGGCACACCAGAGGAGAAUGUUGCUCAUUUUUUUGAGAUUGCUAAAGGAAUUAGAUACUAAAAAUUGAAUGAUGGUUGAUUUUCUGAUAAUUCAGAUUCAUGUAUUAUUAGCUUGAUUUCUCUUUCUUCAAUAGAAACUGAUACUGUUCCAUGACAAUUCAUUACUAUUUUUAUUGGUGAUUGGUUAAUGUUUGAA